CGGCAGAAACCGGAAGAGACGCCGCCGCCAUGUCGGCCGCGCUGGGCCUACGCCUCCCCCGGUUCCUGGGGCAGCCCCGGGCCUCGAUUUGGGGCUCCCCGGGGCUCCCCCCACGGCUCCCGGGGCUCCCCCCGCGGCUCCCGGGGCUCCUCCCGGGGCUCCCGGCGGGGCCGGGCCGGGCCAUGGCCGGACACAACCGCUGGUCCAAGGUGCGCAACGUGAAGGGCCCGCGGGACGCGGAGCGGAGCCGCCUCUUCCAGAGGAUGGCGCAGCUGCUGCGGGCGGCGGCCAGAGAGGGCGGCCCCGACCCCGCCCAGAACGCGGCGCUGGCGACGGCGCUGGAGCUGUGCCGGAAACACAACGUCCCCAAAAACACCGUGGAGAGGGCACUGAGGGAGCGUCCGGCCGCGGGGUCCCGGCUGCUGUUGGGGGUCAGGGGUCCGGGGGGGUCAGCGCUGCUCCUGGACGUGCUGACCGACAACGUCCGGCGCAGCCAGGCCGAGCUCCGGACACUGCUGGGACGUCACGGGAGCUCUCUGGCCGAGGGUGUCCAGCACAGUUUCCAGGCCGUGGGCGUGGUCCGAGUGUCCGGCCAGGCCGUGGCCAUGGAGGCGGCGCUGGAGGCGGCCGCGGUGGCCGGAGCCCAGGACGUGGUGGCCGAGGAUGAGGACGAGCUCAAGUUCCUGUGUGACCCCUCGGCCUUGGGCAGUGUCCGGCAGGGCCUGGUGGCCGCAGGGCUCCGGCCGCUCUCGGCCACCGUCGAGUUCCAGCCGCGGUCACUCCUGACCUUGGCCGAAGGUGCCAGGACAGCGGCCGGACGGCUCCUGGACGCUCUGGCCGAGCGGCCGGACAUCGUCCGGCUCUUCCACGACAUCGACGAGCGGCCGGAGGACGCCGGCGGUCACUCCGGGAGUGAUGGUCACUCUGGUGGUGACCAGUCCAGUGGUCACUCUGGUGGUCACUCUGGUGGUGGUCAGUCCACUGGUGGUCACUGCAGUGGUCAUUCCACUGGUGGUCACUGGUGUGGUCACUCUGGGGUGGUCAGUCCCCGCCGGACGCGGGGGGUGUUGGGAAAUAAACGCCGGCCUGAGCCCGGCUACGGCCACUGAGUGGUCAGUG